GAAGCGCCCGCCCCGGCCAGAGCCGCCAUGUAACCGGCGCCGCCUGGAGCCAAGCAGCGCGGGCCCCGCGACCCGCCCGCCAUGGGCGACGAGGACGAGGACGAGGGCUGCGCGGUGGAGCUGCGGAUCACCGAAGCCAACCUGACCGGGCACGAGGAGAAGGUGAGCGUGGAGAACUUCGAGCUGCUCAAGGUGCUGGGCACGGGAGCCUACGGGAAGGUGUUCCUGGUGCGGAAGGCGGGCGGGCACGACGCGGGGAAGCUGUAUGCCAUGAAGGUGCUGCGCAAGGCGGCGCUGGUGCAGCGCGCCAAGACACAGGAGCACACGCGCACGGAGCGGUCGGUGCUGGAGCUGGUGCGCCAGGCGCCCUUCCUGGUUACCCUGCACUACGCCUUCCAGACUGACGCCAAGCUGCACCUCAUCCUGGACUAUGUGAGCGGUGGGGAGAUGUUCACCCACCUCUACCAGCGCCAGCACUUCAAGGAGGCCGAGGUGCGUGUGUACGGGGGCGAGAUCACGCUGGCCCUGGAGCACCUGCACAAGCUGGGCAUCAUCUACCGGGACCUGAAGCUGGAGAAUGUGCUGUUGGAUUCCGAAGGCCACAUUGUCCUCACGGACUUUGGGCUGAGCAAAGAAUUCCUGACGGAGGAGAAAGAACGGACCUUUUCGUUCUGUGGCACCAUCGAGUACAUGGCCCCCGAGAUCAUCCGCAGCAAGUCGGGGCAUGGCAAGGCCGUGGACUGGUGGAGCCUGGGCAUCCUGCUCUUCGAGCUGCUGACGGGGGCCUCGCCCUUCACCCUGGAGGGCGAGAGGAACACGCAGGCUGAGGUGUCUCGACGGAUCCUGAAGUGCUCCCCUCCCUUCCCUCCCCGGAUCGGGCCUGUGGCGCAGGACCUGCUGCGGAGGCUGCUCUGUAAAGACCCCAAGAAACGAUUGGGCGCGGGGCCACAGGGGGCGCAGGAAGUCAAGAACCACCCCUUCUUCCAGGGUCUGGACUGGGCUGCUCUGGCUGCCAGGAAGAUUCCAGCCCCAUUCCGGCCCCAGAUCCGCUCGGAGCUGGAUGUGGGCAACUUUGCAGAGGAAUUUACCCGGCUGGAGCCUGUCUACUCGCCUUCUGGCAGCCCUCCACCCGGGGACCCUCGCGUCUUCCAGGGAUACUCCUUUGUGGCACCAUCUAUCCUGUUUGACCACAACAACGCUGUGAUGACCGACGUGCUGGAAGCUCCUGGCUCAGGAGACAGGCCAGGCCGGGCGGCUGUGGCCAGGAGCGCCAUGAUGCAGGACUCGCCCUUCUUCCAGCAGUACGAACUGGACUUGCGGGAGCCUGCACUGGGCCAGGGGAGCUUCUCUGUGUGUCGCCGCUGCCGCCAGCGCCAGAGUGGCCAGGAGUUCGCAGUCAAGAUCCUCAGCCGAAGGCUGGAGGCGAACACGCAGCGCGAAGUGACUGCCCUGCGGCUGUGCCAGUCGCACCCUAAUGUGGUGAAGCUGCACGAGGUGCAUCAGGACCAGCUGCACACCUACCUGGUCCUGGAGCUGUUGCGGGGCGGGGAGCUGCUGGAGCACAUCCGUAAGAAGAGGCACUUCAGCGAGUCGGAGGCGAGCCAGAUCCUGCGCAGCCUCGUGUCGGCUGUGAGCUUCAUGCACGAGGAGGCGGGUGUGGUGCACCGCGACCUGAAGCCUGAGAACAUCCUGUACGCGGAUGAGACGCUGGGCGCUCAGGUGAAGAUCAUCGACUUCGGCUUCGCGCGGCUUCGGCCGCAGAGCCCCACCAGGCCCAUGCAGACGCCCUGCUUCACGCUGCAGUACGCCGCCCCCGAGCUUCUAGCACAGCAGGGCUACGACGAGUCCUGUGAUCUCUGGAGCCUCGGCGUCAUUUUGUACAUGAUGCUGUCAGGACAAGUCCCCUUCCAGGGGACCUCAGGCCAGGGCGGGCAGAGCCAGGCGGCUGAGAUCAUGUGCAAGAUCCGCGAGGGCCGCUUCUCCCUGGAUGGGGAGGCCUGGCAGGGGGUGUCGGAGGAAGCCAAGGAGCUGGUUCGAGGGCUCCUGACCGUGGACCCUGCCAAGCGGCUGAAGCUCGAGGAGCUGCGGGCCAGCUCGUGGCUGCAGGACGGCAGCGCGCGCUCCUCGCCCCCACUGCGGACACCCGAUGUGUUGGAGUCCUCGGGACCCGCUGUGCGCUCCGGGCUCAAUGCCACCUUCAUGGCAUUCAACCGCGGCAAGCGCGAGGGCUUCUUCCUGAAGAGCGUGGAGAACGCGCCCCUGGCCAAGCGGCGCAAGCAGAAGCUGCGGAGCGCGACCGCCUCCCGCCGGGGCUCCCCUGCGCCCACAGCCCCUGGACGGGCCCCCGCCAGCAAGGGGCCGCAGCGCCGCACCAAUGGCCCCCUGCCUCCCUCCUAGCCCUCGCCACUGUGACCCCCUUUCCUUCUAGGAUCUGUGGCCUGGGAGCCCGGCUCCCCGGCUCCAGGUCUAAACUAGCGGCUCUGCCGUGGUCCCCAGGCGCUGUCCUGGCCUCUCCUUUGCCCUUGCUCCCUGACAGAGCAGAAGUAUUUUUAUAAGCAGAGAAUUUUUUAUGUCUUACAAUGUAGAUAGAGAUGCAGGGAAGGAGGGGUCCUGGCAGGGAGUGGGCACGUCUGUGAGCCCUC